AUGGUACAUCACCUAAUUUAUUUGAUUUAGCAACUAGAGACCGUCCUUCAGUAAAAAAGGUACUUUUUCCACUAAGCAAAAAAGAUCUAUUUAUAAAUAAAGACACUAAUAACGUUCCCUUUCCUUUAAUACAUAUUGAAAGUAAUUUUUUAAAAAUUUGGAGACCAUUAUAAGUAAUUAUUUUUAAAAAAAAACUUAAAAAGUAAAAAUAAAUUCUUAUAAAUAAAGGCAAUAUUUAUUAUUUACACAGUAAUUUUUAACCCAUAUACAAUAGCAUUCGACGAAGAUUAAAAUGACAUAUUUAAUAAUUUAUAAAAUAUAGUAGAUAUAUUUUUUUGGAUUGACUUGUUUGUGAAUAUGUUCUCUACAUACUAUGAUGAUGAUAAAUAAGUUGUUUUAAGUAUAAAAACUGUUUUAUGUACAUAUUUUAAAACUUGGUUUAUAAUAGAUUUCUUGUCAUGUUUUCCUUUCGACCUUUUGGCUUAAAAUAUUUUCGAAAUGGAUAAUAAUGAUGCGAAAUAUUCUUUAAAAAUAUUUAAAAUUUCGCGUUUUCCAAGACUUUAUAAAAUAUUAAAAAUAACCAAAAUUUUUAAAAUUAAUCUGUAUAUUAACAAUAGUUAAAUUUUAAACUAUUUAUCUAUAAAUACAGGUUUUGUUAGAAUUUUUAGUCUAUUUUUUUAACUUACAAUUCUUAUACAUGUAAUAAGCUGUGUCUGGUAUUAUUAGGCUAAACUUUUAGAUUUUUGCGAAUAAACAUGGGUAUAUAGAAAUCAAAUGAUUAGCGAAACAAAUAAAACACUUUAUAUUACUUCUAUAUACUAUGUAAUUACAACUAUUACAACAGUAGGUUAUGGAGAUAUAACAUCUUUUUCUUAACCUGAAAUAAUAAUAUCAAUUAUCUUAAUGCUUUUAGGGGUAGGCUUUUAUUCGAUUUUAAUCGGAAUAUUGGUUUCUGUAUUAUAAUAUAUGGACAUAAAAGAUAAUAAUUUAUAAAAGAAAAUAUUAACAAUGAAUGAUUUUUGUAAUGAAAUGAACGUGGGAGUUUUUUUAAAAAACAAACUAAGAGAUUACAUUUAAUAUUCAAUGGACAAAAACUGCUUUUAGUGGGCUAAUUAAAGUCGUAUUUUUGAUUAACUUCCUAUUAGUUUAAGAUAUGAAAUAUGUAUGAAUAUACACGGAGGUGUUAUUAGAAAAUUCAAUAUUUUCUAUUUAGAAGCUGAUUAACUUUUCAUGGUUAAAAUAGUACCACUUUUAUAGCCUAUUAAAUUUUAAAAAGGCGAAGUUAUUUGGUAAGAUGGAGAUGAUCCUGAUUCUUGUAUAUAUUUUUAUUAAUUUAUAUAAAUAUUUUUUAUUAAUAAAAUAAAAGUAUAUUUACUUAGCUCAGGAAGAAUAAAUUUUUAAAAAAUAUUAUUAAAAAAAUAGUGUAAAUAAUGA